AUGACAACAGAAGAUAGCACCGUUACAGCUGUCGAAUACGUUGAAAACCAGGAGAGACUUGAAAAAGAAGCACAAGACAUCCUUCCUGGAAAGUUUGAAAAAUGUACUUUUUCUUUAGGUUAUAUCCGUCAACCUCUGUAUGCUUGCAAAACGUGUUCAGUUGAUAACGAAGACAAUAAAGAACCUGCUGGAAUGUGUUACAGCUGUUCAAUCGCCUGUCAUUCUAAUCACGAUCUGUUUGAAUUGUUUCCGAAACGUACAUUUCGUUGUGAUUGUGGUUUGCCUGGCAAGUUUGGAGAUCAUCCGUGCUCACUCAUGAUCCCUGCAAAGAAAAUUGUAAAAACGAACGAAAAGAAUGCUUAUAACCACAAUUUCCAAGGUCGUUACUGCAGAUGUGAUCAACAUUAUGAUCCUGAUACGGAAGAGGCCACAAUGUAUCAAUGUCUAAUUUGCGAAGAUUGGUUUCAUGAACGCUGUAUCGGAAAUAUACCUGAGGAGAUUGCGAAUUUUGACUGUUAUGUUUGCAGAACAUGUACCAAAAGAUGUCCUUUCAUAUUAAGCGGGAAAGAUUCUCGCUUUAGUUAUGGUUUAUCAAAGGGACAAGCACCUAUAAGCAAAUGGAUAAUUCCAGAAGCGGUUGAACCUGUUACAGAGAAGGUUACAUCCAGCAACGGGCUCGAAAACUCGUCUGUUUCCGUCGACAAACCUAAUAUCGAUGUGAAUACACAAAAUAAGGAAAAAGCAGCACCAUCUAUACCUACUACAAAAUCGCAAGAUAGUGAAACAGUUACUAUAGAGAAAAAACGAAAGCAUAACGAAGACGAGGAACAUUUACCAUUUACAACCCAAACCAAAUUGAAGAAGCAAAAGAAGCAUGAUACUUAUUGUGAAAAUAUCGAUCAAUCGUUGUUUGCAGGAUACGACAACGUUGAACUCUUCCUCCAAGAUGAAUGGCGUCAAGGGUUAUGUAAAUGCAAAGAAUGUGCGCAUGCCUAUAAAGAUAACAACGUCGAAUUUUUAUUGCAGGAAGAAGAAACUUAUGAACCUGAGGAGGAUGAAGAUAGCAAAAAGUCACUACUCCAGAUUGGAAUGGAGCAGCUUCAACACGUGGAUCGCGUUCAAGUGAUUGAAAGUUUGAUGGCUUAUAAAACACUUGCAGCGGAUAUAAAAGGAUAUUUGGAAUCCUUUAAAGAAACAGGAAAGGUGGUGACUAAGAAAGACAUUCAAGACUUCUUUGACGCAAAACGACGAGAUCGCCAAGAACAACAAUAA